AUGACGUUUCCAAACUUCUCUCGGAAGAGAAAAAUGGCGGAUGCAAUUGCUGGUCCGAAAGACAUCACCACGAUAUUCAAACGUUUGAAAUCUCAACCCGACAAUAAGACGUGCUUUGAUUGCGGACACAACAAUCCAACAUGGGCAUCAGUAACUUACGGAGUAUUUCUAUGUAUCGACUGCUCCGCUGUUCACCGAUCACUUGGUGUUCACUUAACCUUUAUUAGAUCCACCCAAUUGGACACAAACUGGACAUGGCUACAACUGAGGGCAAUGCAAGUUGGCGGAAACGCAAAAGCGAAUGCCUUCUUCAGACAACACGGUCUCUCAACUGAAGACACAUCUGCUAAAUACAAAAGCCGUGUGGCUGCGAUGUACAGGGAAAAAAUUGCAACAUUAGCAACAAAGGCCUUACAACAAUAUGGAACCCAGGCACUUUUGGACAGUCACCAUGGACCCCAGUCACCCAACUCUCCUGAUCGUAAAGAACAAGAUUUCUUCAAGGAAGUAGAGAGUCAAUCUUUUCAACAGACAGUUAUGAUACCAACAAAUGGAAAGAAUGGAAACAACUCUGGAAAUGAUUUAAACAAGAACAUGGAAGAUCUCAGUGUCUCACCACCAAAGCAGCAAGAAACCCGUGUGCCUACAAUAGGAACGAGGAAGCCAGUUACAGCCAAAAAGAAAGGGCUUGGAGCAAAGAAGGGCGGGUUAGGAGCAACAAAGGUGAAAACAAACUUUAAUGAACUGGAGUCAAAAGCCCAACAGCUGGACAAAGACAAGGAAAAAGCAGCCCUUAUGAAUGCCAAGGAAGCAGAAGCAGAGCUUAUUUCUCCAAACCUAGCAUACAACCCAGUCAACUUUAAGAAAGAGGAGGAUAAGCUGCGUCACUCUGAUCCCAAAAAGGCUGCUCAGCUGGAACGCCUUGGAAUGGGUGUCAGUGGAGGCAGGAAAGGGACAACAACUCCUGGUAGAGGUCACUCAGCAUCAGCUGCUAUGGCAACUGUUGAACAAGUGAAGCCUACUAAGACCCAGCCAUCUUUUGCUGACAAACUCAGAGUGUCUUCAAACUCUAAUAUGGAUUUCUUUGACAGCUAUGGAAUGGAUGGCACAAGUUUCACUGAACCGCCUCCACUGUAUGAUAGUCCAUUUGGAUCAAGCUCUUGGGACAGAGGUCGAGAUAGGGAUGAAAUAGGUUCAUCUUUCUCCAGUGAGAGGCGCUCCAGUCGUGAAGAAAGGGUAAACAGAAAGAGAGAUUCAGAGCCUGUGAAUGUGUCAUCAACAGAUGAAGCCCAAAGAAAGUUUGGAAACUCUAAGAGCAUUUCAUCAACUCAGUUCUUUGGCAAUGACCAGGAAGAAUAUGCUAUCAAGUCACGACUGGAUCGUUUUCAAGGAUCUAACAGUCUUUCAAGUGCAGACCUCUUUGGUGAUGAUGAUAGCAGACCUUCUCGGUCAAAUGCCUCUGGCAGUUUUUCAUCAGCAGAUCUUUCACAGCUGAAAGAGGGAGUUGCUAGAGUGACUGGAAAGUUGUCAAGUAUGGCCUCAGGAAUGAUAGGAACAAUACAGAAUCGUUACAGUGGGUCCAGUUGAAGAUUGUUUCAAGCUUUUGCAAUUAACUAGGGGAAUUUAUCAUCUUUGGUAAUAAUCUUACCAAAGGAUGAUAGAAUUGGAAAAGUCACAAAGGCAGAAUCCUUCCUUUUUGAUAGAGUAUUUAUUUCAUUUUAUUCUUUUCCUUUGGUUGGGGAAUUCCUGAACGAUAAUUAGAUUCUCUCAAAAUGGUCUAUACUAAGCAUAAUUUGAUGACUCUCUGGAAGAAAUCUGUUUUUGAUGAUUUACAUGAUUGUGGGAUUGCAAUCCUUGCAAUUAUCUGUUACAAGAAACAAACUUCAGAAUAAUUUUAAAUGAAAAUUGCUUUAUUAAAUUCCCUUGUGGUAAGAACUUUAUUGUAAAGGCAGAUUGAGUUGAAUGAUAAAACAGCAUUGUGAAGAUUUCUGGAAACUGUUUCUUUCAGAAGCAAAUAAUUUGAUACUGCCUUAUGGUGUAAUUUAGAUUAAGAUGUUACCCAGGGAGGAAAAUAAAAUGAAAGGAAAAAAAACUAUUUUAACUAUUCACAUAGCUCUUUAGUUAUAGAAAACUGUUCAGAAAGUCAAAUUAGCGUUUUAGCAAUACAUAAAAUAAAAUUGAAAUGACAGUGUAAUUGUAAUAUUCAUUGCAUUUUUAGUUGAUGGUACUCUCAAAAUAAGUUUAAUCUUUUUCUCAAAUUCAUUGUCAAUGAGAACCCAGUCACACCAACUGAACUUGUUUUGAAAAAGGAGUUAGUCAAAAAUAGCAUACAAACUGAAAGUAUUCUAAUACAUAUUCUAUAAAUAAAAUUCAUGCACCAUACAGACUUGUUUAAUUCCUAACAUUUAAACAUCUCAAUCAGGUUUUUAAGAUGCAUGGGAUAGUGUUUGAUCAAAUCAUAUAAAUUGUUCACAUGUUUAUUGUUGAUUAGCCUGUGCAAGACUCUCAGUUGGUGAAGAAGUUCAAUCCAGGUAGCAAACAAGACAGAGGUGAUCUCCACAACCCUCUCCCAGAAGUGUGCCAAUUUUCAAUAUUCCAUGUUUUUGGCUAGUUUUAAUUGAAUGAGAGCCUUGUACAGGGUAAUUAUUUGAUUUUGACCAGUUUUUCACAUUACAAAACAGGUUUUGGUUACAAAACUGUUUGCAUCCAUCACUGGGUUACAGGAAUUGAUAACUUAGAAGUACAGCAUGUACAUGAAUGAGUUCAAGACAUUUUCUUGAUAAUUUACCUUUCUCUAGUUUGCAUCGGUAUGUGCUUUAUUUAGCUUAGCAAAUUAGCAAGUAAAUGUUUGGCAAAAAUAGAUUAUAAUAAGAAAGAAUAUUUUUCAAAUUUAAAGGUAUUGUGUGUGUAUGGAGGGAUCUCUUUCACUUGUUUUGUUCUUAAAACUUAUAGUAGUGUUUCCAUUUAAAGAAAAUACUCACUACUAUGAGACUUGUUACAUCUCACCUUGAUGCACAUAACAACAUGACUUUUUAAUUCAGUAAAGUGCUGUGAUUGGAGAGCUAGGUGAAAUUCUGUUUUCAUGUCUCCUUUCAGGAUGCGCGCUCAUCCUGCUAUGGCAGUGUUUCUGUUUCUUUUUCUUUUUUUUUUUCGUCUUUGAUUAAACUAUUUUACCAUCUGGUUACUUCUCGUUUUAAUUGUAUUGAUUCUUGUGAUUUCCUGUCAUUUUAUCAAUUGCCUCUCUUUUUUUCUUGACUACACUACACACAUAACUUGUAACACCUUUAUGGGUGCCUCUUACCUUAAGUUCCCUCUUGAAAAAGUAAAAAAAAUUGAAGGAAGGACCUGCUGAGCCCUCUGACCAAUUAAUUCCA